CCCAAGUAUCUUCUUCUCAACCUCCAUCUUAGCUUCAUAAAUUCUUUAAGGAAAUGGUGUCUGACGGCGGCGAGGGCUCUGUUUACGGCUUCAGGCUGUCGUCCGUGGUGCCGGCCACGGUGACGGGAGAGGAUAAGGUGCAUGGGCUGAGCAACAUGGACUUGGCGAUGAAGCUUCAUUAUCUGAAGGGGGUUUACUUCUUUAGGAGGGAAGCUGUCGAGGGUCUCACCAUCUCCGACUUGAAGGAGCCCAUGUUCGAGUGGCUGAAGCUGUAUUACCCCACCUCCGGGAGGAUUCGGCGGUCGGAGAGUGGACGGCCGAUGAUAAGGUGCAACGACGGAGGCGUACGGAUCGUGGAAGCUCAGUGUGACAAGAGCGUAGAUGAGUGGAUGGCGAUGGAGGACCAUGAUAUUCAUAAUUGCCUUACUUAUGAUCAAGUUCUUGGUCCUGAUCUGGCCUUUUCUCCUCUAGUUUUCAUUCAGUUGACCUGGUUCAAAUGUGGGGCGAUGUCAGUGGGACUCAGCUGGGCUCAUGUCCUGGGAGACGUGGUAUCAGCUUCAGAUUUCAUCAACAUGUGGGGCAGCAUCAUGGCUGGUCACGCCCCGCCUCGCUCUCUCGGUACUAAUCCCACUUCCCCGAAACCCCAAUUCCACCAGAAGCUUUCCCAGAAGCCCUUCUCCCUCAAAAUGACCCACCCACUUGGGGACCAUUGGCUUCUCCCCGGAUCCAAUCAUCCUAGAAUGGGGACCCGUUGUUUUCAUGUCACUCUCGACCAGCUCAAGCGUUUACUUUCAGCCCACUCUGGACCACACGCCCAGUCCCAGCCCUUCCAGCUUCUAUCCGCCAUUAUGUGGAAAACUCUAGCAAAAAUCCAGGGAGAGUCGGAGCCAAAGAUCGUGACUGUGUGUAGAAAUAGUUAUGGCGAAAGGGGUGAUGGUGAGAUUCUAAAAAAUGCCAUGGUGGUAAGCAGAGUCGAGGCGGAUAUCGGUGUUGCUGAGGCGGAUGUCUCCGACUUGGCCAAGCUGAUUGCUGAGAAGACGGUGUGUGAGAAUGGCAUGAUUGAAGAAACAGUGGGUGGGGACGAUGGGAAGUCGGAUUUUGUAGUGUAUGGUGCGAAUUUGACGUUUGUAAAUCUUGAGGAGGUGAAGCUUUUUGGACUGGAGAUUCAGGGACAUAAGCCAGUUUGGGCGAGUUAUAGCAUCGGUGGGGUCGGUGAUGAAGGGGCUUUCCUGGUCCUUCCCGCCCAGGACGGUGACGGCGGGAGAACGGUGACGGCGAUACUACCGGAAAAACAACUUGCAGGGCUGAGGCGUGAACUGAAAGAUGAAUGGGGUAUUGCUUGAUAAUUUGUGGGUGUAUUCUAUAGUGUUGGGAUAUGAUAGGAAUAUAGGAUGUUGAUUGAAAGGAAAAAAAAUUACUUGCUUUUUAUAGUGUGGGAAGGAAUUCGUAAGAUGUCUGUUGCCGGAAUAACUUUCACCGGUUUUGUUUCUUCUGAUUCUUCGUGAAUAAUUUGGAAGGAUGGUUUGAUUAUAAA